UUCAGACCUGUACCAAGGACGGGUUCCCGGUUAUGGAUCCGCCUAUCGCGUGUUAACGAUCAUGUGCAUGCGAUAAUGGGAUGGCAGUGGGUGAUGUCAAUCGAUUAAUGACGUUUGAUCAAGUUUCUUUGCCUUUAUUUUACGGAAAAUAUUCACCAAAAACGAAGUACCAUCUGUUUUAAAUUAAGCGAACGGACUGCUUGUUUAUCAUGGGUACUUUAAUGCAUGUUUGUCCUUAGAAGAAAAAAAAGGAACGUCGACGCGCGUGAUUUUCAUUCAAAAUAUAUAACGUCAUUGCGCAAUCCGCAGGUAUUUGAGUUUCGUGGGUAAAAUUUUAAGUACGACGAGCGGAAUAAUAACCUUAAGUGGGACAAUUAACGGCACACAGAUCAACAUAGAUAUACGGCUGCAAGGCUGAUUUCGAAACAAAAGAAAACCGUAUGUUAGGAAUUCCGUGAUGAGCGAUUGUUAUGGAUUUACGGAUGAGUGAGGAAUGCAUGAAAUGUAGCGAACGAAACUCGGAUCACGUGGGAAGGAGAAGGAUUAUUAUGACCUUUAAACAACGAAGUAUUAUUUAAGCAAAGUUAAAUGAUUACGCACACUUUGGAAUUAACAAACCGUAAUUGCUUUAUAACUACGAAGCGUUAUAAUAUGCAUAACAACGAUCAACGCAUUGAAAAUAAUGACGAAAACGUGCGCAAUGUUGACCAAAGGCGUUUACGGCGACUCCGAAAAGGAUGAAAAAGCGUUAGAAAUAAUACAAGAGGCUUUUAUAGCGCUGAAUGCCAAUUACAUGAGACGAGGAGCUCGUCUAAUUGAUCUACGAGAACGAUCAAUAAUCGCCACUGUCGAAGUGGGCAAAAAGAAAUGUAACAAUAUAAUUCCUCAAUUAAAAUAUUCCAAGAAACUGUUUACAGCGGCAUUUUUUACCCUACUCAGUUACUGUUUAUUGUCAGAAAAUUUGUCUGCCAAUUUUGCACUCAAAUAUGCACUGGGAACUCGCUGCUUGGUACCGAACCAUUAUUUCGUUUGGGAAUUCACCCGGCCUGUUUCGACGUGUGAAUUUUGUCGCGGUAUAGACUCUGCCCUAAUUCUUCCCAAUCUGACAAGAGAAGAAUUCAAACGCUAUGCAUACUCGUCAAGACCGAUGGUGAUAAAAAAUGCGGCAGGUCAUUGGCCGGCGAAAAAAGUGUUCAGCCUAUACUUCUUUAGGAAUCUCUACGAGAGUAUCGAAGGCGCUUACGAAAGUGUUCAGGAGGAAUGCCAGUUCCUUCAUUUUAAAAGUAACUUUGCGAGCCUCAAAGAAGUCUUCGCAAUGAGCGAUCGAAGGGCCCUUAAUUUGCCUGGGGAACAGCCCUGGUAUGUCGGAUGGAAAAAUUGUCACCCCCAGGUGCUGGAAAUUAUGAAAGAAUUUUAUCAAACUCCGCACUUCUUGCCUCAAGACGCCGAAGUACCGCACACCAAUUACGUUUUUCUUGGAUACGAACAAGGCGCUGUUAUGCAUCUGGAUUACAUACCGCGUUUGAUGUGGCAGGGUCAGGUACUGGGAAGCAAAACUUGGUCAGUAGCACCGACGCCGGAAUGUGACAAAGUUUGUAAGAAAUUUGACUUCUCCGUUAAUGCCGGGGACAUAAUUCUGUUGGACACCAGAGUUUGGUAUCAUGGCACCAACGUCAAGGACGGGCAGUUCAGUUUAACUGUAACGUCUGAAUACGGAUAGGUUUGAAACCGAGCCUAUUACCUCGACAAUAAUUAAUUGUACAUAUGCAAUUUUCUUCGGGCUACCUAGAAUGAUAGGUAGUCAAAUAUUUUUAAUCAAAUUUUUCAUAAUUCCAUAGCCGUUUAAAUCGUAGAUUUAGAAAGAGCCACUGGCUACUGGAUUACGAGCCAUUACGAGUAGCACUCUUUUUCAAAUCUUCGAUUUACUUUUGUACUCGUACAAAGCAACCCUUUCUUUGCAUUCCAUUUGAAGAGAACUUUUACAACUGUUUAAAAUCGUCUUGCCAAUAUAUUUUAAUGAAAGUCCGCAAUGAAGGGAAAAUGGCAUAAUUUUCCCAAGAAUCAGGGUUUCAAAUAACUGCCCCGAUGACACAGGGUAAACUAUAUGUGCAAACCCGUAGGAAUACAUAAUAUAUAUACAUACAUACUAUACUAUAUACAUGAAAAUUAUAUGUUUACACAAACAUGCAAAGACUGUUAAUUCUCAGAGAAUCGAAUCUUUAGAAGUAAAACCGAUCUUUGCAAUAGUAUUAUUUUUUUAAAUUUGUUGCUGAUAUAUUAUAGUAUCUUAAGAGAUCUGAGAAAUGAUUGAUUCUUAUUUAAUCCACUAAAAGUUAAGAUCAUAUAUACUAAAAGUGCCUGAGUUUUUCCAAAUAUACAAAGUGCCAUGAUAGUUGGCGUUUUCCAAAUGAUUAAAAAGUAAAUAUUCGUUCUUGAUUACGUGUUAGCUUUUAAACGUAGAGAAGAUUGCAGUGUAACUGGUGUGACUGAUUAUUUUCGUUUCGUUGUGCGAUUUCUUUUUCCCGUACAUACAUUAGGAUGUUUCGUUUGGAAGUAACUUUUCUUUAUUUGCUCUCUUUUGAAAAACUUGUAAGAUAUCCCUUUAAAUCCACCUUGAAUCCAAUUUUAAAAUGUAGCUUUCGGACACCAAAGCAUUUCCAUUUAAGUAGCAUGGAGAAAAUGUAAUUUCAUUACAAUCAAUUUUUCUGAUGGGAGUGAAAAACACAAAUUUGCUACCACACGAAACACAAUUAAUGCACAUACAUUGUAUACAUGCGCCUUCCUAAAAAAUGCCAUUUAUCGUGCCAUGUUGGAGUCAAUUUCAGCACACUCAAAUCUACACUGUAAUUUUGUAAUGCCAGCAGUAAAAAAGGCUACUGUCGAAACGUAGAAUAGAUAAUAAUUCUUUUUUUUUAUUUCCACGUUCGUUGUGUUGUAUUUUUUCAUUACAGCUCAAACAAAACAUGCUCACUAGAAAAAUAUGUAUAAAAUUCGAUAAGUGACGAGAAAUUGUCUCCGUCAAAUAGGCUUGUACAAUAUUUCUUUACCUGUUGUUUUAAUCACACUUGUAUGUUUACGUACCUGUAAUCUAUGUCAACUGUGUGACCAAUGUGAAAUGAAAAAUUUAUAUUUAAUGUAUGCCUGCACAAAAUAUUCACAAAUCUCUUGAUAAGUAAGUAUUUAUAUGUAUAAUAAUGGCGUUAAAAGAACCAUUCCAAAUUUUAUGUAACUCGUUAUGAAAUGUGUCAGUGUCUGGAAAGACUGACGGUGCUACAAAUUUUUAAUAUCUUAAAUUUUCCAAUUUAAGAAUCGUAAUAAUAUAAAAUCAAAAUCUUUGACCUUUGAUUUUACCCAUAUAACUGUUGAUACUAUUUUUUCUUAUACAAAUAAUUAUAUUAUACAUAAGUAUUAUUGUACGCCACUCAAAUAAAGUGUUUAUACAAUCAAAAA